AGUCCAGUGUGUCAAAAAUGUAAAGGUCUUCAUUCAUUCUUUCCUUUCUACAAAUGCUAAGGAUAGCCAAAUGCCGGUGUAUGACAAAGUCACCUAUUUAAUAGAAUAUGUUUUUUUAUUCAACCAGUGGUACAUUGUAAGGCGUAAACAAGUACCUCAAAUUUUGGAUGUCUUCACAGUUAAAGUCACAGUACAUCUUGUCCACGGAGUAACCUAGUCUCGCGAGAGCACGAGACUAGGUCACAGACUUGCGUGGACUUUCUGCCCCCCCCCCCCCGACCUUCAACGAAAGUCACUCAUGCAUGUCAUUUUCUUGUCUUAUUCUUUGCAGAAGCCGUAGAGUGCCUGAAGUGUCAGGUCACCACUGACGUCAUCACACCACCCCUGUCGUCCCGGCCUACCGCUGCCUGUCAAUCACAGUGACGUCAUGGCCUACGUCAUCCUCCCCAGGGAGUCCCGCCCCUUCAGCUUCCUGCACCCCGCCAUGGGCGAGGCGAAGACACACCCCACAGUCACCGCCUUCCUGCAACUCGACACAGAACAGAUCAUACACAGGUACUGCAAAGAACACAAAGACGUCCAACCGGAGGCUCUGUGGAAACUACUGACGUACCGGCCUAAACAUUUCCGCUGGGCCGGAGGGGACCUCUUCCCGAGUGUCACCGCUGCCGGGCAGCGCGAGAUGGUAGUCGUGGAGGUCAACUCUGUCCCGGCCGGACUGAAGUACAUGCCGCACGGUGGAACAGGUAUGGACAGCGGCUACCACAAACUCAUGGGCGAGACGUUCCUCGAUACCGUCUCCAGUAAGUCCGAACCUUCUCUCAGCAGCCUGUCCCUGGCUAUACUACACAACAAGAAGAACACGUAUUGUCAACAAAUAGAGCCUAUCGCCUACGCCACGGCGCUGGCCGACAUCACAAAGGAGCCUGUGUACCUCGUGGAGACUUUCGUGGACCAGCCCAACAUCCGCUGGACGGACGGCAUCAUGGAGGUCAGAGACGUGGAGGACCAAUGGCACGCCAUCAGAGCUGCCUUCCGUUACGUCACACAGAAACCGUGGACGCGCAUCCCUCUCACCACCAAGACCGUCGUCUUUAACCACAUCGCCAGUGAUUUGUCCGGGGGAAGGAACAAGCUUCUUGCAGCUGUCGCGUAUGAAGACUUCAACAAGCAGCAGGGGGGCACGGGGCUUCGCAUCCGGACCCCCCGUACAUUCCUGCGCGUGACCAAGGCCCAGAUACCGACUGCCGUCCAGGCACUAGGCGGGAAAGCCGUCAUCAAGGUCCCUUAUAGCAACUCCGGACAGGGGGUGUACACUGUGACGUCACAGAAGGAACUGGACGAGUUGAUGGCGCAGGACCUUAGGUACGAGAAGUUCAUCGUCCAGGCCCUCGUCGGUCACAAGAACUGGUCUAGUUCCCAGUGGCACCACGCCUGCACCCUCCCGGACGAGGAGGGCAGGAAGUACGUCUUCGACACGCGCUUGAUGGUUCAUGCGACUCCUGACGGUUUCCGGCCGCUCUGCAUCUUUAGUAGACGUGCCCACCUGCCACUGCCAGACACCUUGGACGGGACCGAGGAUUCCUGGGAGUUCCUCGGCACCAAUUUGACUGUGAAGGACACCGUCGGCGACUCGAAGUCGGACACAGAAAGGCUUCUGUCCGUGGACAACAAACCAUUCGAGAUGCUGAACCUUAACGUGGACAAUUUGGUGGACGGCUUCGUUCAAACCGUCAUGGCGACCAUCGCCAUCGACAAGAUGUGCUGCCGCCUCGUACGGCCGGACAACUCGUUCGACUUCGAAGAAUUCGUGGUGCUUGGGGAAGAAGGAAAGAUCCUGGAGGAGAUCUACGAUCUUUCGGACACAACCGAUCGUAGUUAGUCAGUAAAUAACAUCAGGGGGAAGUGGUGGCGUAAGUAAUACUUUUAGAGUACAGUGGAAGCCGCUUAUUAGGGAAGCCCAUUUGCCAGCUGAAUUUUCCUGACUAACCGGCGUUCCCGAUUAAAAGAUGUUGCUCGAAAUGACCCGACUUGGGAUUGGGGAGGGGGGCAUUGGUGAACGUAUCGCACGCAUUGACACAAAGAAAACACAAUCAUUUCUACCACAAAUAAUCAUGUACUUAAUAAUUUAUCAAAUAUCGCAAGGAAAUUCAUUUUUAUCUGUACAAUCAGCAACUAGCUGAUUUUUGCGCCAAAGUGUAUUGCAAAUAGCUGGUUUCCACUGUAGUAGAUAUCUUUCACAUCAAAAAUGGCGGCACUGUAUGUCCCUUCCCAUCAUGCACCACUCCCUUGGGGAACGAAAUGGUGGUACCCGUGGACAGGAGUGAAACCAAUACAGGUUUUGCAAUUACAAGCUCUACAUUGUACCUCAGUUCAGCUGCCAAGUGUUCGUAUCACUGAAAAGCAUAAAUUGUAAAUUAAUUGACAGUGAGUCUAUGUACCAAAAAGGCAGAUUCCGAAGGCCACAAUAUCCAGAUGAUGCAACGUUCUGUUUUCUGUUGACUGAAGCUGUUGAUGAUAUCAAUGAAAUUUUAUCAAGGGAACGGAGAGUUAUCCUUUUUACUCGCAUUCUUCUGUGUACUCACUAUAUACAAAGAGUAUGAGCUAUUAUGAUAAGGACUUUUAUUUUUAGAACUUUCUAACCCGGCAUUCACAAAAAUGGCGAUUGUCAGGGCCUGGGUGCUGUAUUAAUAAGUCUAGCCUUAGUAGCUUAGGUCACUUAAAAACAAAGACAAAUUCUCUCACUUCCGGUGUAGAACUGCUCGUUUCGCUAUUAGCACAUUACCGUACUGUGUAAAGCUCCUGAACCAAGACGGGUAAUUUGUGAACGAACAGUAGUGAAUCUUUCUUUGUGUAAUAACUGACCAGUUAUUGAAAACAAGUACAUUUGUAGAUGUUAUUUUGUCACUCGAUCCUUUUAAUUGUGUUAACUAGUUAGAGGUUGAAAUACUGACUGUAAAAAAACGACAAUUCAGCCUUUUGUAAAUGUGCUGCAAGAGUUUUUAAUGUCAAUGGCAAUGAACUAUUUCUCUCUCUAUUAAACGUACAUUUGCUGUUCCA